AUGGUUUUCACACCAGAACAAAAGAAGCUCAAGGAGGUUUUUGAUGCCGAGUUCGGUAGCGCAGCAUUUGACGAAUCUUGGGCUAGAAUGCUCAUUCACUCACCAGAGAUGUUCGCUGCGUCUGUACGCCUAACAGCAGCACCGAAAAAGACCAGUCAUCUCUCACCCAAAAUCCAAGCUCUGAUCUCUCUCGCCGUGAGUGCAGCAUCGACGCAUCUGCAUCUCCCCAACAUCCAUCGACACACACGCGCCGCUCUAGCCGCAGGUGCUACACGUGAGGAAAUCGUCGAAACACUCUGUCUUACAAGUGCCCUUGGCAUACACGCUGCUACCACCGGUCUGCCUCUCCUAUUCGAAGUCCUCGAGGAACGCGGCGAAGCCUUACCAGAAGACAUCGCAACCAUGAGCCCUCACCAACUCGCUCUAAAAGCCGACUUCGAAGCUAAACGCGGCUACUGGCACAAAAUGUGGGAGCAAAUGCUUGUACUCGCGCCCGAUUUUUUCAAAGCGUAUACAGAGUUUAGUUCGGUGCCGUGGACUAAUGAGGGUGGAAAGGAUGUGUUGGAACCAAAGGUCAAAGAGCUGAUAUACUGUGCAUUUGAUGCGUCGGCUACACAUAUGUACUCGCCGGGGUUGAGACUGCAUAUAAGGAAUGUGCUUGAUCUUGGAGGUACCAAGGAAGAACUCAUGGAGGUUAUGGAGCUGGCGACAUUACUAAGUAUCAGUACAUUGGAUGUGGGAUUGGAGGUUUUGGACCAGGAGAUGUCGAAUAUAAGCUUGUAA